AUGAGGUACUUCUUCUGCUUCUUAUUCUCUUCAUGUCUCGCGCAGGCCGCGAGCAAGGUCUUUACAGGCUUCAACUAUGGCGCCUUCUGGAGCCUGGAAGCCAACGUCAAGAAGAAGGCAGACUUUCUUGAUGGCUUCAACUUAGCAAGAAAUCUUACCACCGACAUACCCUUCGAUAGUGCGCGCCUGUUCACUUGCAAAGCAGCCGGCACUCUCAAUGAGCCCACUGAAGCUUUCGAUGCAGCAGUCGACUCCAAGACCAACCUGCUCUUAGGAUUCUGGAUCACGCCAGGACAGAAAGGCGGCUCGCCGGACGAGAACGUCAAGAAUGAAAUGGCUGCACUCGAAAAAGGAUUCAAGAAACAUGGCCAAGCCCUUUCAGAUCUAGUUAUUGGGCUCUCCAUCGGCAGUGAAGACAUAUACCGUGUCGAGGAGGCCGGUGAGAUAGGUGUCACUGCGGCAGUUGUCGGACAAACAAUCGCUCAAGUCAAGAAAGACAUCGCUGCCUCGCCAUUUGCUCAGUACACGAAGGACAAGCCGAUUGGCCACGUCGAUACAGCCAAGUAUGCAGUGGUGGACAACGCUGACUUCAUUGACAUGACUGCAUAUCCAUAUUGGAAUAAAGACAGCAUCGAAUCAGCAAGCACAAGCUUCCAAGGUUCUCUCGAGCAAGUCAAGCAGCACGCAGGUAACCGACCUGUAUGGAUCGCUGAGAUGGGCUGGCACUCUACUGAUACCGAAUUACACGGCGCUGCAGUUGCGGGUGUGAACGAAGCACAGAAGUUUUGGAGCGAAGCUGGCUGUGCUGUGUUUGGUAAAUACACUACAUUCUACUUUGAGUUACUCAAAGAUACAACACCAGAACAGAAAGCUGAUUGGAGUAUCAUUGAUACCAACACUCGACAGCCAAGGAUCAGGAACUUGAGCUGUGGCAAUCCACAGGCCAAGCUCCCUACUGGCGCAUCAGCUAUCUCGCAAGUAUCAUCUCAAUCUGUUGGGUCGACGCCCCCAAGCAUACUUGUUUCUGGCUCACCAGUCACUCCAAGCGCGCCAGCGGUGAUACUGUCGUCUGAAUCUCCGUCGACCGGAUCAAGUACCAUGCACGUAACGGUAACGAGGACGACUACGGUGACUCCACAGCCCAUCCUACCAUCACUAGCUGCAUCCGGCGACACGUCAUUGACCACUUUCAUAGUGACUAUGACGAGCACUACUAUAAUAACGGCAUAG